GAGGACAGAAGGCAGUAUUUGAUGAAUGUUCCCGAGCCAGAACAGGGAAUUUUAAUCCAGUUGAAAUUUUCAGAUGGUAGAUUACAGAGAAGGAGAUUUAUUGCAUCCCAGCCAUUCCAGGACCUAGUAGCCUUUGCUGGUACAGAUGAUGUAGCAAGUGAAAUAUUUUCAUUACAGCUGGCCAUGUCACCAACACCAAUGCUAAGUACUUUGAUGGGUUCUCUGGCAGAAAAUGGAAUUGUUGAACCCUGUAUUGUGUAUGUUUUAUGGAUGUCUGGAGAUGACAUACAGGAAAUUCUGGCAAAUGACAAUGAAUCAUCUACUACUUCCUAUGGAAACCAAAGCUUACCAUCUACAUCUAGUUCUCCACCACAGGGCAUAUCCCCUCAUAUGGAAAAUUCCCCCCUCCUAUCUCCAACACAUGGCGUAUCUCCAACACAUGGCGUAUCCCCUCCUAUGGAAAAUUCCCCCCUCCUAUCUCCAACACAGGGCGUAUCCCCUCCUAUAGAAAUUUACCCCCUCCUAUCUCCUACAGAUGACAUUUCCCCUCCUCUACAAAUGGUGCACAGCUUAACUCCAACACCAGAGGAAGACAAUGUGCCAGAAGAUCUCUCCACUUCAGCAGAGACUGACGUAUCAUUCCUGCUUAAAAAACUCAGAUCCAAAAUUGAUUUUGAAAAAUCAGCAUCAGGGAACUUAAUCAACAUUUGCCGUGACGACAUACUGUCAUGUGCAAUACGUGCUUUUCAGCGUCCUUUCUUUGAUCCACUAAAAAAAAAUGAUGUACUGUUUGUGGAUGACUGGGAUGUGUCUGAGGGGGCUGUGGACGAUGGAGGGCCAACCAGAGAGUUCUCUAGACUGUUGGUACAAGCUAUUAAAGAGAGCUCUCUGUUUGAGGGGCCAGAAGAAGAAAGACAUCUAUCUUUGGACUUACAUGCUUUACGAACUGGACAGUAUAGAACUGCUGGAAUUAUGUUGGGGUGUGUCUGCUACAUGGAGGAGUAGCACCAAACUUUUUUUCCAGAAAAACAUACAACAUGUUGACAAGAACAAUGAAUCCUUCAGUCGCAGUCAGUGAAAUUCCGAAUACAGAACUCCGUGAGAGACUGGAAAAGAUACAGAAUGCUGAUACCACAGAAGAAGCCAGACUGGCUAUUUUUGAGGCAUCAGAAAGUAUUUCAAUUCUUGGAGCAUUUCGGUAUAUUAAGAAUCUUGAGGAACGGGAUAUUCUGGUGCUUGAAGCUGCACAGGAUUACUUUGAAGGCAGAGUAAAACCAGGACUGGAACAGUUUGUUGACGGGCUGCAGAUAUUGGGGUUAGCAGAGGGCAUUCGUUUGAACCCCUCACAAUUUGAAGGUCUGUUUUUGAAGUCUUCUAAACUUUUAAUGGCCAAGGACCUCAUCGACCUGUUCCAUCCAGUGUUGUCACCAAGAGGAAGUAACCUGCGGCGGGAGGAAAACAGAGUCCUUUGCUUUUGGCGGGACUGGCUUAUAAAUGUAGAAGGAGGCAGAUGCAAGCCUGUGACCUUGGAAAGAGUUCUGAUCUUUGCUUCAGGCCUUGACAGACUCCCACCUCUGGGAUUUCGAGCUCCUCCAUCCCUGGAAUUUCUACAUGCAGCAGGUUGUAAGAGACCACUCCCAGAAGCAAAUACCUGCUCAGUUUGCAUUAGGUUGCCAAUGCACUCCACCUAUGAUGACUUUGAGAACUGGAUGAACUCUGCAAUAAUACAGGCACCAACUUUUGGGUUGGCUUGAGGUGUAAGUCCAGCACCUGUCAUCUUUUUUAUUUCAGGUUCUGUUACAAAUGAUUCUUCUAAUUAUUGUUUUUAUUUUAAUAUAUAUUGUAAAUUACUGGUUGAAUGUCCAGUCGUAGGUAUCCACUUUCCUUAUCCCUUGUUCAUGAAAAUCAAACAUUAGGGAAAUACAAGGAAUACCAGGAAAUGCACAGGUCAGUCACCAGGACUGGAGUAAAAAGAAAACAAACAAAUACAUAGCACUACAUAUACAAAUCUGAUUUUUUUCCCCCUUUUAACCAAGAGUUGUUUAACAGUGUUCUUAUAAUUCAAGAAAUAAAAACGUAAUAAUGGUUACUGUUUGUUACAAAUGCAUUUUUUUAUUUGUUAAGAUUUGGUCACUAUUACUUUGUCUUUUGUAAUAAACUGAAUCAAAAUGUACUGUUACAGUUGCACUUGGCUUAAUAAACAAU